AUGGGGUCUAAUUGCGUUGCAACAGUUUUGAUGAUAAUAUGUUUAUUUGACGAUAAUAUCUGCUUUGUCAAUGUAGCUUACUCACCUAGUCAACAUAUACAAGGACAAGCAACAAUGAGUGAACCUCCUCAGCAUUACAAUUGGCAAGCGUAUAAAGUUAUUGAUGGAAAUACCAACCAGACAGCCAAUGGAUCAUCAUGUGCGAUCAUUGAAUUUUAUAAGAGAUACACAUCAGUUUGGUUGAGCAUUCAUCUACAACGAUUAUUCAACGUUGCAUAUACUGAAAUCUAUUUUCGAAGUGAAGGAACUAUAGAUCGAAUGGCGGGAUUUUCGAUUUACGCAUAUUACGAUGACACCUUCAAUUCUUUGUCACCUGAUCCAAAUAGCCUAAUAUAUCGCCAUGACCCAAUGUCUGGGUGUCCUGCUCCAAUACAGAACAUUACAAUUAAUAGACUCGUUCGACAAAUAGUGUUCACAAACAGCAGGCCAGUUGGAUACAAAUCAGUAUGUCCAGGUUCGGGCAGCGACGUAUACAAAAUGUAUACAUCGAUAGAAAUCUGUGAAAUAAAAGUAAUGGGUUGUGAUAAAACAAAAUAUUCCCCUGGGUGCGUUGACAGAUGCCCAGCUACAUGUAAAAGUAACCAUUGUGACGUGUUCAAUGGAUCUUGUUUUCAAAGAUGUCCGAAUCCCAACGCACUCACUGAUGAUUGCAUUGUAUGUGCAGAUGGACAAUACAUUUUUAAUCGGGAAUGUGUGAACUGUUCGAGUUACUGUAAGGAUAUUUCACGCUGUAACAAAUUGACCGGUAAAUGUGAAAAUGGAUGCAUCUACCAUCGGACUGGAGAUUUUUGUCAAGAAUGCAGUGAACAUUUCUAUGGAAGAGAAUGCAACAAGCCAUGUGGACAUUGUAGAGGUAAUGCUCCUUGUGACAGUGCCACUGGUCACUGCCCUAGGGGAUGUCAGAACCAUUGGACGGGUGACAAGUGCGACGAAUGUAGUGAACAUUUCUAUGGAAGAGAAUGCAACAAGCCAUGUGGACAUUGUAGAGGUAAUGCUCCUUGUGACAGUGUUACUGGUCACUGCUCCAGUGGAUGUCAGAACCAUUGGACGGGUGACAAGUGCGACGAAUGUGCAGAUGGACAUUACAACGCAUUAUGUUCUGGAACAUGUGGUCAUUGUCUCAAUGAACAAGUAUGUGAUAAAUAUGAUGGUUCCUGUCUUAGUGGCUGCAAACCUAAUUUUGACUCUCCAUUAUGUCAAGAAUGUAGAGACGGCUUUUACCACAGUUCAUGCUCAGAAACUUGCGGUCAUUGUUUAAACAAAACGGCUUGCAACAAAAGCACAGGUCAUUGUUCUAUAGGAUGCAUGAACCACUUCAGAUAUCCUUUUUGUCAAGAAUGUGAAGAAGGAUAUUAUGGCACCAUCUGCAGCUCAAAAUGCGGGCACUGCGCAAAUGGCGAAACAUGUGAUAAACAUAUCGGGAUUUGUAAUGGCGGUUGUGUACCACACUUUUUAACGCCAUAUUGUCAAAUGUGUCAAGACGGGUUUUACAACGCAUCAUGUACUGCUGAAUGUGGUCACUGUUUACACGGAGAGGUAUGCGAUAAACAAGACGGUACCUGUAUGAAUGGUUGCAGUUCAAACUUCUUACCUCCUCUUUGUCAAGAUUGCAUUCCGUACAAGUACGGUCCAAAUUGCGCCUUUGAUUGCGGUCAUUGUAAGGACGGCAGGCCAUGUUCUACAGACACGGGUUUGUGUACAGAUGGCUGUGAGGAUGGGUGGACCGGGGGCUACUGCGUUACAGUCAAAGAUGUCGACACAGAAAGUGAAACGCAGAAGCAAGGGUUGACAACAACAGGAGUGGUCGCGUUAGCAAUUACAUCAGCUUUGCUAGGAAUUGCAUUCCUUACUAUAUUUUUUCUUCUACGUCACGUAUUGAUGAAUCAAACCACCAGACAGGGUUCAGACAUCCCUUUGCCUCAAAACAAGGAAUCAUCGCAAACAUUCAGUGAUUUGAACACAACAGAGGACGUCAGUGUGUACACAACAUUGGGUGCAAGGGAGGAAGAGCCAUCUUAUGAAGUUUUAGGCGAGUCAUCAAACACUUAGGCAAAUGCAGUUACAGUAUACAUGUGACACAUGCUUUUAGUAGCAUUCAAAUUCAUAUCUUGUUUAAUGUACGUUUAUGUAUAAAUUGCAUUGCCAAGACAGAACAUGGUUAUUGGCUUGAAAAUUGAACAAUAUGUUUGGGAGGGCAAUUUGUGACAAGAAAUGUAAAACUUCUAAAGGCUUAACCCGAAUCCAAAAUAGGUCUGAUGUUUCAAAACAUUUAACACAGUUAUUAUUUGUUUUGUUUAUAAUAUAAUAUACAUGUAUGUGUAUCUGCAUGUAGCAACAGACAAACUGUAUGCAAUACGCUUCCGUGGCUGAAAAAAUGACGCCAAAUCAUUUGAAUUAGGCUAUAUUAAGAGAUUUACGGAAUUUUUACUGAAACAAAAAUCAUAUUGGUUUCUCAACAAUCAUCUUAUGAUUUCGAAAAUAUUUGUACUGAUCAUAUCAUACUUUCAAACGUUAGAGUUUAGGAUAAUUAACAUUCUUACGUAAUAGUUA